GACGGCCACCGGAGCUCGUUCAGCUCGUUUGUCAGAGAGAGUCGACAGAAACUCGCGGCCGGUUGUUUGGCUUCGCUCUGCUGGCUUUUUACUGCGAGUUUGGAUCAGAGGAAAGUUGGUCGUGGUAUUCUUUUAAAAAGUGACUUAAAGUCGUCAACCGAGGAGGAUUCAAUUAAGGAUUUUCCGACACUGCAAUCUGGCAACUUUUGUGUGAAAGCGGUCCGGAUGCUGGAAGGAUGAAGGUGACAUAACUUUGUAUCUUUGGAUCAAUCCUCUUCACAUCACAGGUUCACUUUCAGUAAAUUCAUCUCCAUGAAGAGUCUCUAACCCGGACUGACUCAGUCGGUGGCCGGGUGCUGAAGCCCACAGGACGCAGGGAACCGUGAACCCCAGCGGCUCGCCGGGAUGGUGCGCCUGCUGAGCUGCCUGCUGCUGGGAUAUCUGACCUGGAAUCUGCGGAUAUCGGACGCACAGGGGGAGUACUGCCACGGCUGGCUGGACGCUAAUGGGAAUUAUCAUGACGGCUUCCAGUGUCCAGAGGACUUUGACACCAUGGACGCCACCGUGUGCUGCGGCUCCUGCUCGCUGCGCUACUGCUGCGCGGCUGCGGACGCACGUCUGGACCAGGGCAGCUGCACCAACGACAGGGAGGUGGACAACACCGAGUAUGCAGCCCAGCCCAUCUACGUGCCCUUCCUGAUGGUGGGAAGCAUCUUCAUCGCCUUCGUCGUGGUCGGCUCUCUGGUGGCCGUCUACUGUUGCACCUGCCUGCGGCCCAAGCAGCCGACCCAGCAGCCCAUUCGCUUCUCCCUGCGCAGCUGCCAGGGCGAGACCAUCCCCAUGAUCCUCACCACGGCUCCUCCGAGCCUCCGCGCCCCAUCGCGACAGUCCAGCACGGCCACCACCAGCUCCAGUUCGGCCGGCGGCGGCAGCUCCAUGCGGAGAUUUUCUCUCGGAGGUCAGGGGCAGCAGCACAACUGCCUGGUGUCUGCCACCAUCUCCUCGUCAGCCUCCACCCCCACCCAGACCCCUCAGACUCUGCCUCCGCCUCCGCCUCCCCCCUAUACAUCCCCACCUGGACCCAUGUCAGGAGGCAUGCAGCACCCGCUGCCCUCCACCCACACCCAGCUGCAGCUCCAUCAGCCCCCCAUUCCCUCUCACCCCUCUCAGAGCACCGGGUUCCUGCUGCCCCAGCAGUACUUCUUCCCCCUGCAGCCUGACGCCUUCACAGCCGCCAAGGGCUUUGCUGACUUCGGACAGAGCUGACAGGGCUCCCAGUAGGGGAAAUAGAGGGAUUACAGGAUUUCUAGAUGGUGGGUUGACCCGGUGGGGACAAACACGCUGCAACACAGCUGGUGGUGUUUGAGUGGAGAGCUUGAGCCGGCUGAACGGACACAGAGAGAGCAACAGCAGGACGAGCGACCAAGUACAACAAAGCUGCUGUGGUUGAACAUCGUGGCCUGAGGCGUUUCCUGCUCUGCAACACAGGGCACAUCAAAGUUCAACAACCCUGUUACAGACAGCAACAGUUCUGAAUCUUAUGCACUUUUAUAUCAUAUUGUAAACACAACUCUGUGGUCUACAUUUUAUUUUUUAUACAUACUGUCUUUCAAGGUGGACGUUUACAAUUCAGACUGAAAUCUUGUCAAUUUAUCACAUACCUUCCUUAGAAAACAGAAACACUGUACAGGCGGACGGCUCCAACACCGUCACUCUGAGACUCUGCUGAGCGCUGUUACAUUAUUAAAGAUAUAGUAGAUGUUGGAAACCAGGGAAUUAUGUUUUUUUGACAAUCGCGAGGACCUCUGAAAGAGAGGGGGACCUGACACACAAAGGUCAUGUUAUUUUGGAGGAAAUGUGGACUUUUAUAUGAUGUGGUACAAGCUCAACUUACAGCAAAUAAAAUGUUGCCUCUCAGUAUCUUCUGUGCACUGGUAAAUUUCAA